UUUCUGAUCGGGAUCCGCUCCGGUUUCUGAUCAGGAUCCGCUCCGGUUUCUGAUCAGGAUCCGCUCUGGUUUCUGAUCGGGAUCCGCUCCGGUUACUGGUGCGGCUGUGCUCCGGUUUCUCUCUCCGUGGCUCCUCCUCACUGCGGGAGUCGGGUCUCUGAAGCUGCUGCGUGAAUCUUCAGCAACAUCCGAGAGCGAGACCCGGGGGGAGGCGGCUGCGGGAGACACAGAGACAGAGACAGAGGGUGGGGGCAGGGCUCGGGCCUGGGCCUGGACCCGGAUCCAGAUCGAUCGGGGCCCGAGGCAGCGGCUGCUGACGUGUCCGUGUGUGAGAGAGGGAGAGCGGGAAAUCCGGCCACAGCGGGAUAGGCCCCGGGACCGGGACAGGGAGAGACCCCGGCACCGGCCUCGGCCUCGGCCCCUUGCUCCGACUUGCUGCCGGGAUGGAGACGCUCUACCAUCAGACCAACAAGCAGAUUCAUGAGGUGCAAACUCACAUGGGGCAGCUGGAGAAGGCGGACGCGCAGUCUGUUCACUUGGUGGAAAAUGAAAUACAAGCCAGAAUAGAUCAGAUUUUCAGCAAUCUGGAGCGCCUUGAAAUACUGACCAGUAAAGAGCCUCCAAAUAGACGGCAAAAUGCUAAACUCAAAGUGGAUCAACUAAAAUAUGACUGCCAGCACCUGCAAACAGCUCUGAAGAAUUUUCAGCACCGCCGAUAUGCCCGUGAACAACAGGAUCGAGAGAGAGAAGAACUGUUGUCACGCACAUUCACAACCAACGAUGCUGACACCUCAAUAGCAAUAGACGAGUCCUUGCAGUUUAACACUUCUUUACACAAUGCACACAAAGGAAUGGAUGAUCUCCUGGGGAGCGGGUCCUCUAUUCUGACUGGACUGCGGGAUCAGCGGAUGACUCUCAAGGGAGCACAGAAGAAGAUUCUGGAUGUGGCAAAUAUGUUGGGAAUGUCAAAUACUGUGAUGCGUCUAAUUGAGAAGCGAGCGUUCCAGGACAAGUUCAUUAUGAUUGGUGGGAUGGUGAUCACCUGCAUUAUCAUGGUCUUGGCGGUUAAAUAUUUGACAUGAGUCAAUUUUGUCUUGUGGACUCUGCUUCAGGGAAAAUAAAGAAUCAGUAUUUCCAUGAAAAGACUGCCCAAGUGAUUGUCUGGCUCGUUGCUUUCAGACUCCUUCCCCCUCCCUCCCCUAACCUCCUAUUGCCCUGAAACUAUUUCAGAUUAAUGACUACUAGUCUGGACAAAAAGCCUUUACACAAUCUGUAACAAUGAUGCCAAUUCUUUUGGCCAGCACCAUUGAUCAAAGAUUUGAUAAAGGCCAAUAAUUCCAAUUCUAAUAAAUAAAAAUGAUGCAUUAUAAUCGUUUUAAUUUUGUAGUACCUGGAGGAGGAAAAAAAUCUUUGUUUAAUAAAAAGAAACCUGUAAAAAAGCUGAAUUUGACGAUACUGCCAGGAAGCCACUUUGUACUAAUUGCUCCUAUCCCAUCUCCAGGCAUUUUCCUGCAGAAAUAAACAAGUAAUUUCAGGUGGCUGACGUGACCUUCUCAGAAAUAGCAUUUUCAACCUUUUGAUGCAUUCAGAUGAGGCAUUCCAUAUUUCCCCCAACAAAUGUUGCAACCUGGUGUUUCAGGUAAUAGCCAGAUGUACUAUCCCCAUUUGCCACCCGUUGAGCUCUCAAUUCUUGAGAGAGCAAGUUCCUGAUCUCAGCCAAGCUUUGGAGGCAGUUGUUGACUUGAAGGUGUAUUUGCCGCAUUGUCAAUGAAAAGCUCUUGAGGAUGAGUGAACCCAGGCUACUUACAUAGAUCAUCUAAUAGUGGGCUCCAAACAGCAUCACAGGGACAGUGUGUAAGGUAUCCUCUUCCUGUCCCUAAAUUCAUCUAGUGGCAAUUUUUUAAAAAAGUCUCAUCUGAAGAAAAACUGGAAUUGGACUUAAAGGAAAAAGGUACUGCUCUGAUAAUUGAAAGUUUUUUUCUAUUGCUGUUGGAGGCUGUAUUUAUUAUAAAACAGCAAACUACGUUUUACUUAUUCAGUCUAGAUGGUGCCCAAGUGACAUCAUAUUCACUGUGAAGCUGAGAAAUGGUAUCCUUAGUCUGUUUGCACUAGUGGGAAAUGGAUGUGAUGUGAAUUGUUUCUCAUUGGAAUAGCCUGUAUGCUUACUGUGCAUCAAAUUGUGUGGUCAUGUUCCAUGAUAUUGACUCUCAGCCUGCAGGAUACUUUGGAAUAACUGAAAGAUAGCUUCUGUACUCAAUAAAAGAAAAAGCUAAAUUGCCUCACCCUUAUUGCUAUUUUGUCAUUAGUUCAAUGUUCUUUUGUCUGUGUUCAAUGCUUAUAGCAAGUGUACUUGCCAGUUUCACUGUAGGCUGGCCCUAAACUAUACUUAAAAUGAUUAAACCAAGCUCCAUUCAGUAGAUA